GACAUGCUUGCUGGGUUACAACUCGUAUUGUAAAACAGUAUGACAAGGAUUUAUUAUAGGUAUAUGCGCAUAAGAUUUUCCUUUGUUUUACCCAACAGCCAAGAUGCUUUGGUAAAGUCGUAUUGCGAAAAGACACAAUCUGUUUGGAUUUGUGUUUUAAUUAUGAAAUUUCUAGUUUUCCUCCUUAACGCACUCGCCAUAGGAUGCGUCGCCGGUAACACGUGGGAUACGAAUGGUUACGUGCACGAAACUUCAUGCAUAUCCUCGUGGAUGAGCCAUGCAAAACGCGUGUUGUUGAUAGCUUUAAUGUCAACGGCUGUUGUACUGUAUUAUUUUCCAGAAGCACGUUACUAUGCAAGAAAAGGAUGCUACUUGCUUAUAGAUCUAGUUGCAAAUUCUUUAAAAUCAGCCUUGAAGGUCACCGAGAGCAACUACGGCCGUGACGAAUUCAAGUCGACAUAUUUUAAUCAUCGCUACGAGCGAAUUUAUCCAUCGAAGGGAAAUCAGUUUCCCGAGGGAAUCGACGUACACGAUGACACUGGUUACAAGUAUAAUCGACACAGGAAUUAUACGAUCGAGGAGGAGAGACUUAAGCGACACGAUAAGAGAAGACAUCGAGAGCAUAUAGUCAAACGCAGCAGUAAGGAUGAUAAACACAGUCAUCGUCAUCGUCAUCGUCAUCAACGUCAUCACGACUCCGAGAGAAUCGUUGCCAACGAUUCGUACGUGGCGCGAUCUUGCGGAACUUCAGGAAUUUAUUUUUCAAGCCGACAAGAAUCUAACACGUCUGCUGUAUGUCCUGGCGAGGUCUAUACCUCUUACGUCAUCAGAAGUCCGCAGGACUUGACUUUGAUUGAUCGGAAGUAUGAACCGAGUGACGUCGUUCUUGUUAAUGAUGAUUAUCGCGUGAGUGGAAAUGAUGAUAAAAAAUUGGAUGUUAGUUAUUCGGAAGAUGACGAUCCUACGAGAGAUCGAGAUCGUAAUAUCAUGGCUGAUAAGAUCGAAGGGAUGAAAACGUAUGAUAAAUCUAAUGAAAAGGGUGACGGACAUACCGAUAAGGCGGAUGUUGAACUUGAGGUAAUAAAUAAGGAACGAGUAGGAGAUGAUGAUUCUAAUUCGAGUAAUCAGGAAAUACAGUCAACUGAUUUUAUGGAUAACUGGGUAGACGAUCAGUUAAUAGUUUUUGAGAAAAGAAAUGUUCAUCAACAAGUUGUAACUGUUGAAGAUCAUGAAUCAUCAAAAAAUGUGAAACACAUGGAUUAUCCUCCUACGGAAGGAUGCUAUUUGGAUAGAAUACAAGAACAAAAUGACAAUGAGGAUCAAUCUAACGGUAUGGAAAUUCUAACGGAGUUGGAAGAGCAAAUAAUUAAAUUGGAUCGUAUGGUUCGGGUAAUGAAGCCUGGAAUUCAGAAGCAGGGAUUUCAGGAGUAUGACAAAAAUAAGUAUGCGUUGCAAACAAUUGAAACAGUUCUGAAGGAUAUGAAACGCGGUUUUCGCGAGUUUGAUGACAAAUUAAAAAAUCAACGAAUCAGAACGAAGUAUAGAUCCUUUUCUACAAAGGACGUAGAAGAGCGUUCGUCGUCAUUUAAAAAAGAAAUGAACCACAACAGGGAUUUUCAUACUGUAGAUGAAAAUUUGUCAAAAGUUACAAAAAUUUCGAGAAGGCAGGAUUUGGAUAUAGAACCAGAAAAAGAAAAUUUUGACAAUGCUUUGAUGAAUGCUGGAGACAAUAAUAUGUUUAAUGAUGAUAAUGACGAGGAAUAUAGCAAUGUGCCAAUUAUCAGGAAUCGAAUAAAACCUGCACUUCUGCGAGCCAUAGAUUGGCUAUUUACGGACUGCCCGAAUUUGAGAUACGUCGCGACGGAUAACGUCGACGUGGACGUCCAUGUCGGCAAGGUAGAUAGUCCUGAAACGAUCAACGAGUGGCUCCCCGGGUGGAAAGCAUGUAACACAGGACAAUGAUAAUGUAUCAGAGGAUUCCUACCUGAUCGACCAACAUGAAUACCGAUCGAGUUCCAAAGCCCACACCAGUUUUUCUACCGAACAUGGUAUCGUGUGUAACUGGCUUGAAAG